AUCAAGCUGCCUUUAUACCCUUUUUAAAAAUUCUUUUAUUUUGCUACUGGUUGAAGCAAUUGGAGUUUAUCUGGGACAAGUUCAGUUGCAUUUCUGCAGUCUGCUGAUCAAGUGGCUGAGUAGCGUUUUAAGGCAAAAAUCCUGGAAAUCAUGAUAUCUAUAUUUGCAGGUGGAAAUUGCCCUCUCGUAUUUUGCAUCUGUGCUUAAGCUGUGCUUUCAGACUCCAUCAUUACGGGUGUGCUUACUGAAACUGGCACGUGCAGCUUAUUUCUGUGGAUGCAAAGGAGGAUUUAGAAACUUUUCCCAAAACCUGUUUGUUUCUCAGCAUACGUGUUAUACCAUGGACUUGCUCUCAUGGUUAACAGCCAGUACUUUUGAGAGAAAUGUGUCACUCCUGGAAUUUGUUACUCCUUUCUUGGAUAACUUCAUGAAUUCUUGUAGGCACCGGUCCCGUGAGGUGCUGCUUGCUCUGAGUCACACAAAUGAGGUUUUGUGAGGUUAUGUCCAUCACAGAGCAGAAAUAAUGCAACAGCUAAACGCAAAUUGUGUUUUUGUAGUGGUUUUUCUUGUCUGCAAGUCCCACAGAAAAGGGCUGCAAGUGUGGAAUGCUCUAAAUGAGGGUGAGGUGCUGGUUCAGGCCUCUGCGCAGCAACAGAUAAGCUCUGGGCCAGCUUAUCUUCUUGGGGAGAUUUUACAUUUGCUUUUCUUUUCCUCCUCUCCCUCUUUCCUCGGCCUGUUUCCUCCUCGGCCUGUUUCUUCCCAUAUCUCAUGUUCCCAUCCCUGACACUGUCCUUCUCCCUCGCAUUACUCAUUUGGCUUCCUCUCCACUUUCCCUCUUUGCUGCCUCCCUCCUUUGCCCUGAGAGCGCUGGGCUCCUGCCGCCGUGUUUCCAUCCUCCCCCAGCUCUUCUCAUCGCUCCAGGCUUCUUCGCUCCCCCUUGCCGGGCACCUCCUUAACGUCAGGAGCCGACUCUCAAAUAAUUAUCUCAGUUGCUGAUUAGCCAUUUGCGAGGGCAGAGCUGGCGUGGGCUUUUAGUUAAGGCUCCGUGCGAAUACCAUUGCACAGCUCCCGGGACAGCUCGGUCCAGAAGGUGUCUUGCUGCUUUCCUGCUUGUAACGCUGGGAUCCUGCACGCAGAACCAGCUCGGGUGUCCUGAACAUGGAUUGUGGCUCCAGAGGGGCUGAUGCUGAGCCAGAGCCCGGACCCUGGGCUGCAGCAAUGAGGAAGCCUCGGAGGAGGUCCCGGCAGAACUUGGAGGGGAGGCGUUCUCCUUCUCCCUACAGCCUCAAGUGCUCGCCGACUCGGGAGACGCUGACGUACGCUCAGGCCCAGCGGAUCGUGGAAGUAGACAUCGAUGGGCGGCUUCACCGCAUCAGCAUCUAUGAUCCCUUAAAAAUCAUCACCGAGGACGAGCUGACUGCCCAGGACAUCACGGAGUGCAACAGCAACAAGGAGAACAGCGAGCAGCCCCUUUUCCCUUCCAAAUCCAAGAAAACACCUUCCAAAGGCAAGAAGAAGGAGUCCUGCUCCAAACACGCACCGGGGACAUCUUUACACUUACCCCAGCCCAACUUUCGUGUGGUGGACAUCUUCAGCCAGCCGGAUGCCCCCCCUCUCCCUGCCGCCUACUACCGAUACAUUGAGAAACCUCCCGAGGACCUCGAUGCAGAGGUGGAGUAUGACAUGGACGAGGAGGAUCUGGCCUGGCUGGAAAUGGUCAAUGAGAAGAGAAGGGAUGAUGGUUACGGGACAGUUUCUGCUGACACUUUUGAGCUGCUGGUGGACCGGCUGGAAAAGGAGUCGUACCUCGAGAGCCGGAACAACGGGGCUCAGCAGUCCCUCAUCGAUGAGGAUGCCUUCUGCUGCGUCUGCAUGGACGAUGAGUGUCACAACAGCAACGUCAUCCUGUUCUGUGAUAUCUGCAAUCUGGCCGUGCACCAGGAGUGUUACGGCGUGCCCUACAUCCCCGAGGGGCAGUGGCUUUGCCGCUGCUGCUUACAGUCUCCUUCUCGCCCCGUGGAUUGUGUCCUUUGCCCGAACAAAGGUGGAGCUUUCAAGCAGACCAGCGAUGGCCGCUGGGCUCACGUGGUUUGUGCCAUCUGGAUCCCGGAGGUCUGUUUUGCAAACACUGUGUUCCUGGAGCCCAUCGAAGGGAUAAACAACAUUCCCCCGGCUCGGUGGAAGCUCACGUGCUAUAUCUGCAAGCAGAAGGGCAUGGGAGCUGCUAUCCAGUGCCACAAGGUGAACUGUUACACUGCCUUCCAUGUCACCUGUGCCCAGCGAGCCGGUCUCUUCAUGAAGAUCGAACCCAUGAGAGAGACCAGCAUCAACGGCACAACGUUCACCGUGCGCAAGACUGCUUAUUGUGAGAGCCAUUCCCCUCCUGGGACAGUGAGAAAAGGGGCUCCAGCUGCUGCUGGUGAGAGGCAGGAGGACACUGUGAAGGAGGAGGGAGAGGAGGAAGCCCAUUCUGGCCCUCCCAAAGGGUCCUUGAAAAAGAACCAAGUGAAAUUGAAGCAGAAGAUCAAAAAGGAGCCCGGCGAUGCGACUGAUGGGCGUUCGUCUGUGCCCAUGGUGACAGUUGCACAAAUUCCCUCUUACAGGCUGAACAAAAUCUGCAGCGGCCUCUCCCUCCAGAGGAAGAACCAGUUCAUGCAGAGGCUCCACAACUACUGGCUGCUGAAGCGCCAAGCGAGGAACGGGGUGCCCCUGAUCCGGCGCCUGCACUCGCACCUCCAGUCCCAGAGGAACGCGGAGCAGAAGGAGCAGGAUGAGAAGACCAGCGCAGUGAAGGAAGAGCUGAAGUACUGGCAGAAACUGCGACAUGACUUGGAGCGGGCACGGCUGCUCAUCGAGCUCAUCCGUAAGAGGGAAAAGCUCAAACGGGAGCAGGUCAAGGUUCAGCAGGCUGCCAUGGAGCUACAGCUGACGCCUUUCAAUGUCCUUCUGCGCACGACGCUGGACCUGCUGCAGGAGAAGGAUGCUGCCCAGAUCUUCGCAGAGCCCGUUAACCUGAACGAGGUUCCAGAUUACCUGGAAUUCAUUUCCAACCCAAUGGAUUUUUCCACCAUGAGGCGGAAGCUGGAGUCCCACCUGUACCGAACAUUGGAUGAGUUUGAGGAAGACUUUAACCUUAUAGUUACCAACUGCAUGAGGUAUAAUGCUAAAGACACGAUUUUCCACCGAGCAGCUGUCCGGCUCAGAGACCUCGGAGGAGCGAUAUUGCGUCAUGCACGGCGGCAGGCUGAAAGCAUCGGCUUUGACACUGAUGUGGGGAUUCACCUGCCCGAGUCACCCAAAACUGAGGACUUUUACCGCUUUUCUUGGGAGGAUGUGGAUAACAUCCUCCUGCCAGAGAACCGGGCUCACCUCUCCUUGGAGGCCCAGCUGAAGGAGCUGCUGGAGAAGCUGGACAUUGUGAGCCCCAUGCGGUCCAGUGGUGCCCGGACGCGACGCAUCCGGCUCCUGAGACGGGAAAUCAACUCCGUUCGGCAGAAAUUGGCCCAACAGCAGAACAAGACCAUGCCCAAUGGGGAGCCUGUGCCGUGGGAAGAGGGGCUGGAUAAAACGGUGAAGGAAGAGGAUGAGGAAGGGGAGAAAGAUGAUGCCAAGCCCCCGCACCCUCCCACCUUGGAGCCCACGGGCCCUGCACCCUCCUUCUCGGAGCUGGAGUCUCUGCAGGACCCUCCGACGCUCAAACCCAUCAACGAAAGCAAGUCCUUCAACCAGCUGCAGAAGAAGGUGAUGUCGGACAGGGAGUUCUUCGACAAGAAGGCGCUGCAGCGGGAGAGCCAGGCCUUCCAGCGCCUGCUGAGUGACAACGGCCUGAACGGACUCGCCUUGCCGCCUGCGGACACCCCCACCAGCCCCCCCUUCAGUGGCGUGGGCCGACGGACAUCUGUCCUUUUUAAAAAAGCUAAGAAUGGGGUGAAGCUGCAGAGGGGCUUGGACUGCUCCCUGGAGAACGGGGAGGACCACGGGCAGAGCGACAGGGAGCGACAAGCCCGGAAACGGCCGCAGAGCAGGAGUUACAGCGAGAGCGACGGAGAGAAGUCGCCCAGGCAGGCAGGACAGAGAGGAGUGACCAACGGCUUUGCAAAGCACGCAGAAAACGGCUCCGACUCCGAGUGUGGCUCUGGCCGGGGCAGUGGGCUGGUGCUUGAAGCCUGCAGUGGUUUGAUGCCUCCCAAGCGAAGUCGAGGGAAGCCAGCUCUUUCUCGGGUGCCCUUCUUGGACGGUGUGAACGGAGACUCUGAUUACAGCAGCUCAGGCAGGACUCUCCUGAUGGCCUUUGAGAGUCAGGCUGAGCUGGAGCCCUUGGAGCUCGUGUGGGCCAAGUGCCGUGGCUAUCCCUCCUACCCUGCCUUGAUAAUCGACCCCAAGAUGCCGCGUGAGGGUUUGCUCCACAAUGGAGUCCCCAUCCCAGUCCCACCCAUGGAUGUGUUGAAGCUGGGGGAGCAGAGGCAGACAGAGGCAGGCGAAAAACUCUUCCUUGUCCUUUUCUUUGACAACAAGAGAACCUGGCAGUGGCUCCCGCGUGACAAGGUGUACCCCCUCGGCGUGGACGACACCGUGGACAAACUAAAGAUGAUGGAAGGCCGAAAAACCAGCAUCCGCAAGUCUGUGCAGGUGGCGUACGACCGAGCCAUGAUUCACAUGAGCCGCGUGCGGGGAGAUCACCCCUUCGUUACGUCUAAUUACCUGUAACGGGUCAGGGGCAGCCAGGCCUCCUCCUCCAGACCCCGUUGCCCACUUUUUGGGGGUCAGAGCAGACCGCUCGGGUGCUGGGUGGCCAGGGGCUUGCUGCCAGCGGGGAGCGGGGCGGCUGCCACCCCUUUGUGUCCUCGUGCAAGGUGCGCCGUUCCCAGCAGCCGUCAGCACUCCUCGAAGUACCCUGACACGUGCCAAAAAGCCUGUCCAGCUUCUUUCUGAAUGUGUCUCGCCGAAGAGCUGGCAGGAGAUGAAAUGUAUAAGUCUACAGGGCCGGGAGGAAGGUGUUAGGAGAAGCUGCUGGGCGGCGGGAGCCACGGGGAGCUGAUGCAGCGAGCAGAGCCCAGCGCUCUGCUGGAUUUUCGGACCCUCGCCCCUGCCUCCCCCGUGCCACCAGGGUCUGCAGUCACCAGCCAGCCCUGAGCGAUUCCUGGGAACCCGUCACCGCUGUAAGCAAACCAGGCUCCUUUCUGGAAAUCCCAACUGGACUUUCUCGUGCCAAAUUUACCCUGUCCAUCACUGGCCUUUUUAUUUUGUUUAGAUGACAUUGAUCGUCCCAUCACGCUCAAGAAAUUGUAGCCGGGAGCUAGCAUCGCGCUGUUCCUGCCUACAUACGGUGUUUUCGUGUUCGAUUUCUUGCAUUGCAUUUAGAAAAGUUUGAGAUAUUUUGGUAACCUUCCCCUCUGCUACACACACUGACAUGCACAGAUGCACAGAGCUUUAAAUAUAAAAAGCAAAUUAUCUGCUUUUUUUUUUUGGUGUGUGUUUAUGUCCUAGAAAUUUCUUUGAUAGUUUCACAUUUAAAUUCUGAUUUCCAUGACUGUGCUUGUUUCAGUCACAUUUCAUAUCAUGGUUUAGUACAGAAUUGAGUCUAUAAGCAGAGAUAGCUUCCUUUUUUGAAGAAACAAAACUAAUUUUGGAGGUGUCCAAUGAGCUAGAGCAGCUUUGCAGGCACUGAGGUUGAUCAGGGUUGGAGGGAGAUGCAUCGUUUGUGUUGUUUUAUGCACAUUUGGUGUGGGGCUCCUCUUCCUUUCUUCCUUCUUUUCUGUCUCUUUCAAGUUUUCCUCGGGCUUGGUUUGGGUUGAAACCAAGCACUAAGUAGAGCACACAACCAUUUUGCCUUUUCGCCUUCUCUCACACACGUCUGUCCCUUCCCUAGUGUGUGGGUCUCCAGCGUUGUCAUCAUUACAAAACAAAUAAACCCAGCUCUGCUGACAACCCCUGUUUUUUUCUGGGUUUGCACGGCAAAAACAGGGACAACCGAUGUUCGGAAACAGAUGACAAAACCUUUUCUAUUAGCCAAGGACUUUUGAUUUCUCUGAUCUCUUCUGUUGUGUAUCCCUCUUUGCUUUCCCAUUUUAAGAACCAAAGGUGCAGAGCAAGAUUGUAGAUUGAAUAUCACCAUUUCGCUUUUUAACUCGAUAUUUUUUUAUUAUUUUAACUUUUUCAUACUGAGGAGAAUGUGGGGUCAAAAUAAUAAUUAAUAAUAAUUAAUAAUAAUGAAUAGUGGGGAGUAAUCACUGCCAUUUCUACUUGGUCUACUUUUUUAAAAUACCACUUCUUAUACAUUGGGACACGGAACCACACUUUAAGGAAGAUUCCUGUAACAUAUAGAGAUGGGGCAUAGGGUUUUGUAAUAAUAAUAAUAAUAAUAAAGCCUACGGAGUGUGGCUAGGGAAGGAUGUUGUGUAUAUAGUUGUAAGAUACCGUUCUAAAUUAUUUAGAUCUAUUGUCACCAUUCUUGAAGUCCUCAGUUGUGUUGCUGGGUCUUUUAUAUGCACACGGUGUAAUUUAUUUUGAGGGACAUACACUUUUCCAGGUGGUAGCUCAGCUGUGGACUUGUGACCUGUGUAUAUGUUCUAAGAUCUUGGGGUUUGUUUGUUCCGUUUUGUUUUCUUUUCUUUUUUUUUUUUUUUAAUGACAUUUUAGGAUUUGGAUUGGCUAAUAUCCUGCUGUUGCUACGGGACCUAAACGUUACUGUCAGUCUGCUGUAAAGCACAGAUUGCUCUAUUUAUUGUAGAAAGUGAGUUUAUUUGCUUUCUAGAACUGUUUAUAUCAGAUGGUAUAAGAGAGGUAAUAUGAAAAUCUAUGCUUGUAAAGAAAAAAAACAAAUGCUAAUUUUACCUACUAUAAUCUGACUGUCUGAGACUAUAUUUUCUCUCUGAGAAAUAAAUGUUCUAAUGUAUAAAAAAAA